AUGGAACCUGCACUGAGUGUACAUAAGGUGCCGCCAAGCGACGCAACUGGGAACGGGCCGUCGUACAGUCCUGGGGAGUUGCGAAGGAUACCCGUUCCUCAGCACCGUUUCGCUGCUUUGAAAAGCAACUGGCUAGCGCUUUAUGAGCCGCUUACGAAGGAACUAGCGCUUCAAGUUCGAAUGAACCUGAAGCAACGCGCCGUUGAGUUGCGCUGUAGUCCUCAGACGCCAGACCGGACCGCACUUCAGCGGGGGUACGAGUUCAUGCAAGCGUUUCUUCUCGGGUUUGCUGUCGAGGACGCUAUCGCCUUGAUCCGCUUCGAUGAUCUCCGGAUCGACUCUUUUGAGGUACAGGAUGUGCGUCGGCUGCAGGGUGAUCACCUCUCCCGAGCGAUAGGGCGAAUAGCAGGGACUGGCGGGCGAACCAAGUUCGCCAUAGAGAACGCGUGUCGUGUGCGGAUCGUCUUAGCGGGCUCGAAGGUGCACAUUCUCGGAGGCCAUAUGCAGGUUCGUCUCGCACGAGACGCCAUCUGCUCACUAAUUCUGGGUACGCCACCAGGAAAGACCUAUGAGAAGCUGCGGCGAGUAAGCGCUCGGCUCCGGGAGCGAUUCUGA